AUGACAGAGGAGGCUCAGGUCAGGGAUGGACCUGAAUCCUGGUCAGAGGAGGCCCAGGUCAAAACCCAGUCUUCCCUGGACCUCAUUUCCAUCAUCUCCUCAGACACGGAGCCUCUGGUGCGUUCGUUGUGGAACAAAGCAGAGACUACAGACCUGUCAGACCCUCAGUCCCUGAAACAUCUGGCAGAAGAGGCAAAGGACGCAGCGACUCACAAUGCGACAGAGGGUGGGAAGGAGAAAGUAUGUUGGUUUUGUUUUUAG